UCGAGCUUUGUGGGACCGUGUGUAUGGCAGACGGUGAAAACGUCAAAUUCUUCUAAAGACGCAGGAGAAAGACCUUUUCUCGGAGAAAAAACUAAAAAACUGCGGUUCAAUCGUCCAAGUUUGUCUAAAUUUCCAUCUCAAUAUGGAACUGAAUAGAAAUACUGUGACUUCCAAAUCAAUCCUCUGCGAUAUCGAAGGAACUACGUCGUCAAUUGACUUUGUGAAAGAAACGCUCUUCCCGUAUGCCCUGAAGAAUGUGGAAAAGUUCUUGCAGGAAAACUGGGAUAGGGAUGAUGUGAAGGAGAGCGUGAUUGAACUGCGGAAGCUCGCUGAAAAGGAUACCGAAGAAAAGGUCGAUGGAGCUGUACCUGUCUUGGGAGAAGACGAAGAAAAGUCGAAGAUCAUUGAAUCAGUGGUGAAAAAUGUCGAAUGGUUGAUGGGAAAUGACCGAAAGGUUACGCCACUGAAGACGUUGCAGGGAUUGAUUUGGGAGAGUGGUUAUAAGGAUGGAUCAAUCAAGGGCCACAUUUAUGAUGAUGUCCCGAAAUCAUUUGAAAAUUGGACCAAGACAGGUCAUAAGAUCUACAUUUACUCCAGUGGUAGUGUCAUGGCGCAGAAAUUGCUCUUCGGUAACACAUCCGCAGGUGAUCUUCAAGUCCAUCUUUCUGGGUAUUUUGACACGAAGAUCGGGCCUAAGCAGGAAAAGGAAAGUUACGAGGCUAUUGCCAAGAAUAUCGAAUGUGCUGCCAAUGAGAUUGUCUUCCUCACGGACAUUGUGAAGGAAGCCAAGGCAGCCCAGGAGGCUGGAAUGAAUGUUGUGAUUGUUGUUCGGCCAGGAAAUGCACCGCUCACCGAUGAGGACAAAAAGGAAUUCCCUACAGUGGAAAGCUUUGAGGGAAUCACCCUUGAGGAGGUUGUCACGGGGAAAAGAAAGAUUCUGGAUGAAGAGGUCGAGGAUAAACAGGAAUCUACAAAACCUGCAAAAUUGGCUAAACUAGAGAUGAAUGAUGCAUCUGACAAGAACGAAGAAGUAACUGAAAAAAUAGACAAGACUGACGAUGAACCCAAAUGUGACACUACCGCUGAGGAAAAGAAUGAAACUGAUAGGACUGAUGCUGCUGCUGCAAAAACUGAUAAAGAGACUGAGCCGAAAAAUGAUGAGGAUGAAAAAAUGGAGACGGAACAAGCUGAAGAAAUCAUUACUGAGGAGACUAAGAAAGAAUCUGACGAUGUGAAGGCUGUGGAAGAGGUACCCGUGGGAGAAGAGAAAGAUUUGGCUGUGGAAGAAACUAAAAAGGCAGUAUCUGUGGUCGCUGAUGAGAUAAAGGAAGAUAUCGUGGAAAAGAUGGAGGUUGAUGGUGAAGAAAAAGUUGCUGCUGCGAGUCCGUCUGGGGAGAUCAUUACUGAAGCUAAAGAUGUGGAGGCAGAGGCUGAUAAGAAAGUAACUGAAGCCGAGCCAAAGGUUAUUGAAGAGAAAGUUGAUGAGAAGGAAACAGGGACGGAAUCUGUUGAAGUCAAGGCUGAUUCUUGCUCAAAGGAUGCGACAGAUAUGCCAACUGUGGAUGAGAUUGUUGCUGAAAUUCCUGCAACAGAUUCUACAAAAAAGGAGGACAAUGUGAAAACUCCCGCUAAUAGUAAUGACGAAAUAUCUGACACAGUACAGGAGAACACCAUCCCAAAGGAGGCAAAAUUAGAUGAAACAUGCUCCAAUGAUGCCACAGAUACGACAAAUGUCAAUGUAGAGAAAAAGAAGGAAGAAGAAGUAAUCAAUGGGAAAGUAGAAGAGAAACCCACUGAAGAAGUGACUGAGGAGCUUGCAGUAACUAAAGAUGCGCCAGAAGAAGUCAAGGUAAUAACAGAAGAAACUGCAGUUGACGAUAAGAAAAACGUUAAAGAACUUGAUGGUGAGAAAGCAACUGGAAGCAUAAAUGGUGAUGCUCUCGAUGCCGUGGGUACAACUUCCGACGGAGUAAACGGCGACAAAGGUGAUAAAGGAAUUAAAGAGGAAGAGAAGGCCGAAAAUGGCAAGGAUGGUGAGAUUAAGAAUGGACACAAUGAGAAUGCUGAAAAAGAAGCCACUGUGUCCGAACCAGCAGAUGGGGAAAAAGAUGCCGCACCGGAUGCAUCCACUGGCAGCGAUCAGGUUAGUGAGGUCAUUGUAAAGAAAUGCGUGGAACCGAUGGUCAAAUCUCCCGUCCCGCAGCCUGUGGAGGCGGAAUCGUAAAGUUUUGACGCAACAACAGCAAAAAAUCAGCUGAACACGUAAUCACACUCUUCACACGAUAUUUCAAAAAAAAAAAUAGUAGUUUUUAUUUAAUGCCCGUAAAUAUUUGUUUCCGUGUUAAAAUUUAUUACUCUAAUCCUUAAAUGUUCUCUCAUGUCGCAUUCUUACAAGAAUUUAAUACAAAAUGGUUCUUUUUCUAAGGAAAAAUAAUUAGUUAGAACGAUAUUGAAUUUGAAAUCAGUAUUUAAGAUGAACUUCGAUAAGAGUGAUAAAUAUGUAAUAUUUUAAGUAACAAUUUUUAUCAUAUUAUUUUGUUUUAAUCGAUCACAAGAUAAUUUGGAAGAAUACAACAUUCAUGUUUUUAUUAUUAUUUGUCAAAAAAAAAUGUGAACAGUUUUAUCUUCAAGGCUCAAAAAAAAUUUUUUUUUAAAUUUAUUCUCUAGAAAAAAAAAGUCAUUUAAAUUUUUAUCUUUUUUAUAUGAAAACAAUUAUAUAAUUAAAAAAACGUAAUAUUAAUGUGUUGAGAAGGAACAAUAUGAAAGAAAAAGGAACUACGAAUUAUUCUCGACUAUUUCCAUGACCAUCAUUAAAAUCGAAUACAAUAGAAAUCAUAUUUGAGAUGAAAAAUAAAUGAAAAAAGUAGUAUUUAAAUAAAAAAAAAUAGAUAUUAAACUUGAGCGUAAGAAUGAAAUUUUUGACUGAUUUUUUGGCCUCGUUUUUAUUAACUAAAAAUAGUAAAAAAAAAUUAAAUAAAUAAAAACUGCACUGACACGGAGGAAAACAUUGCACAAAAAAUAUGCAGACAGACUGGUGUUUUAUUUAUUAAAAAAAAACUGAUUGCCAAAAAAACGCAUUUCUAAUAUUUAGGGUUUUAUAACUGCCAUGGAAAAAAAUCUGGUCGCAAUGAAAUCCUCCUGUAGUCACAGAAACUGAUCAGACUGAAUGUGAAUGAGCAAAAAAAAGGAAAAUCCCUUGAAAAUUAUCCUAAAUUUCAACACCAAAAAUGAGAAAAAAAACAUGCAUAAGAUAGAAAACAAGAUUUUAAAAAAAUGAAAUUUCUGAUAUAUUAGACUCAAGAGAAAAAAAAAUGAAUAUUAUAUAACUGUAAGUAGAUUGUAAGACAUUUUUUUGUAUAAGUACUUAAUUUUUUAUGUAGUCACUUCAAAUCAUUAUCCCAAUUUUUUUUUAUAUAAUAAUAAUCUUUUGUUGAAUGUUAAAUACAUUCUUUUUUUUACAUCGGAAUUAGAUUUUGUAGCGCCCUCUUUUUAAGAUGAAGAAAAAAAUAGUUGGUAAGAAGUUGACAUUCCGAAAUUAGGAAAAUGAAAAAAAAAUUGACAGUCAAAAAAAACUUAUUUGAAAUUGAAAAAUGGUUUCUUUUUUUACGAUGAGAUGUUGCUUUAUGGUUUUUGCUAUACCAUUUUUAUAUUAUGAUUAAAAAUAUUUAAAUAUGAACGUAUAAAUAAACGAUACGAAUAAAGUAAAA